AUGGUGGAUACAUUCGUAAUUCACAAAAAUCAUCCAACACAUCUUACUGAAUGUCCUAGUUUGACGAAAUUCCGUCAAAAUUCGACAAUUGAUGAUAUUCGAGCAUACAUAGAAUCUUCAGUGGAAUUACCAACUCUUGAUUCCUAUAACUAUGAGAUUCAUGUUUACAAUAAAGAAUAUUGCAAAUAUGUUAUGCUUGAACAAAAUUAUUUGGAUAAAUUUAAACCAUUUCAAUGUACUAAUAUCAUCAAUAAUGAAGAGUCAAAUGUAUCAUCAAUUGAAUCUCAUAUUGAUUACUAUGUUGAGUUGGAAGUUAUUUGGUCAAUAAAGAAAAAUAGCCGAGUAACAUCUGAACAAAUACUGUAACAAUAUAGUGAUGUGACAUAUAUAUCACCAGAGUCAAAAAUUCCAGUUGCCUCGACUAUUGAAAAGGCCUAUCCAUCAUCUACUAUACUAGAAUUUUAUAAGAGUACCGGUUACGAUACAAAUAUACAAAUAAAUUCACCAUUAUCUCCAUCAAACGUUUACCCUACUAAUUCCAAAUCAAAUGCAUGUCAAUUGUUGUCUAUAACGACAAAUGAAAACUUAGAUUGUAAUGCAAAGAAUUUGAAAGAUAAUGACGAUGAUUUUAACAUGAAACCAUGUUUCAGUGAAAUUGAUUGUGAUGAAAUCUAUCGAACAGCACACAAAGGUCCAGAAAUAGGACGAGGAUCAUACGGUAUUGUUUCGUUAUAUGUAACAAAGACCAGAAAAAUGAUUGCUGUCAAAGAAAUAAAACUUGACGAAGAUGACAGUGAACGACUUUGUGGUGAUUUUAAAUGGGUACAAGAAGUCUAUAUUCUCCGUGCACUCGAUCAUCCUUAUGUUGUCAAAUUUUAUGGCAUCUCAAUUGAAAAUAGCCGUUUGGAAUAUAUUCCAAAUGGAACAAUCGACAAUAUGCUCAAAUUGUUUGGUCCAUUUUCUAAUAAUGUCUUACAAAAGUAUACAAGGCAAAUUGUUGAAGGUGUUGCUUAUCUUCAUGAUGAGGGUGUUGUUCAUCGAGAUAUUAAAGGCAAAAAUGUGAUGUUGGAUAAAUGUGGCAACAUCAAAUUGAUUGAUUUUGGUUGCGCAAUACGGCCUAAGGAAAAUCCAAAUACGAAUUCAAUAGAAAAAAUAUUUGAGUCGAUGAAAGGUACAUUCUAUUGGAUGGCACCCGAGAUAGUUGCCAAAACAGGGCAUGGAGAAAAGGUAGAUAUUUGGUCGAUUGGAUGUACACUAUAUGAAAUGGCUACAGGAAAACCACCCUGGUCAUCUGAAGACAAUUUUUGGGCUGUUCUAAUCAUCAUUGCUCAGGGCACAAAACCACCAGAUGAUCUACCUGACAGAUGCUCGCCAGAAGCUCAAGAAUUUUUCCGUUUAUGUCUUACUCGUGAUCCAACAUUAAGACCUUCAGCAAGCGACUUGCUGUCUCAUUCGUUUCUUAACUCUUGA